CCCCCGUCUGAGGUGGACGCUGACCUCCAUCUCUGUUCCCAGACCCGGGGGGCCCCCGGCGCUCCCUGUCCUUCCUGACUGAGGAUGCCACCGACGGCAGCAUAUGCGCUGCGCUCCCCGAGGCUGGGUCCCUGCUGCAGGAGCCAGGGGACUGCAGUGGUUUGAGGGGGCCUCUCCCAUUCCUCUCCAUCCCCUCCCUUGCCCCAUGGCCCCAGGGGGACCCCGGGGGCUCAGCUGUGCUCCCGCAUCCCCUCGCCUCCAGCACGCUGCUCUCAGAUGGGGAUGAGCUCAGGGAGGGACCCUGGAGGAGGACCAUGGUGGGAGGUUCAGGGGGUACCCCCGAGGUUCUCCCACAGCUUUGCACUCGGGUUGUCCCCAGUCCCUGUCCUCCGCAGGUGCUUGGUCCUGGUGGGUCCCUGCGCCAGCCCCAGCGCUGCAGCAGGGUCUUGGGGAAACACGGGGCACUCCCUGAGGCUCCCGGGCACGGUGGCAGCCCUGGGGACAGCAGCAGUGACAGCGAGUGCUUCGUUAGUGCCCUGGAGAGCCUGGGGGCUCAGUGCUGCUGCUCCACGGGGCUGGAGCUGGGUGAAGCCCCUUCCCCAAACGGAGCUGGCACCAUGGAGCUGCAACCCCCCCCCAUCUCCCCAGCCCCAGAGCAGGUGGAGGGUGGAGGUUUCAGGGGAGCCUCGAGGGCAGCCCCUUGCAGUGAGGAUGCUUCGGACACGGGUGAUGUAGGGGAGCUCCUCACGCAGCUCCAGGGGUGCAGCCUCCAGGGAUCCCCCCCCUCCACCGCAGGGUCUCUUCCCAGGCUCCUCACUGGGGAUGUCACCCCGCGGGAGCCCCCCAUGUACCACCAUGUCACUCCCAGGACCCGGAGCCGCCUCCUGGCCUCUGCAGAGCGCUUCGGUGCUUCCUCUUCCUCCUCUGUUUUCGCUGACACACUGGAGAUGCCACGGAGGCCCCCCAGGGUCAGAGCACCCCGGGGUGUCCCCAGAGAUCCUGCUACCACCUCAGGGCGCUCUGUCACCCCACAGGGCACGGAUGUGUGCAGUGGGGAUGGAGAGGAGACAGGCUCUUUGGGUGACACUGUGCUCCUUCCCGGAGCCCCCAGCACCUCCCCUGGCUCCAGCCCCACAGUGCUGCUGGUCCCUGGGGAUCACAGGCACCCCCAGUGCCCUCCAUCAGAUGCUCAGGGCUCCUCUGGAUCCAGCCCCACGGUGCUGCUGGUCCCUGGGGAUCACAGGCACCCCCAGUGCCCUCCAUCAGAUGCUCAGGGCUCCCCUGGCUCCAGCCCCACGGUGCUGCUGGUCCCUGGGGACCCCCAGUGCCCCCCAACAGAUGCUCAGGGCUCCCCCUGUGCCACCUUCAGGGCGCUGGAAGGUGGCUCUGGGUGCCAGGACCCUUCACCCUUGGGGGCACCACAGCCCCUGUGGCUCCACAGGCGCUUCUGCCGCCUCCUGGCACCGCAGGCCCCCGCUGUGCUCCCCAGCACCCAAGAGCACCUCGAGCGCGAGGAGCGGGACCGGGCACCCACUGAGCGCCACCGCCCUGGCCACGGGGACACGGCACCGCUGCAGCCCCUCUCGGAUGAAGGCCUGCGCCGGCGGCUGCGGGCACUUGGGGAUGAGCCAGGGCCCAUCACGGCGCUCACCAGGCAGCUCUACCUGCGGCGGCUGGAGGAGCUGCUGAGGACACCCCGGAACGGGCAAACGGGGCACAGCCCGGAGCUGGCGGCCGCCCUGCAGAGCGGCCUCAUCCCUGACUGCGCCCAGGACGAGCUGGUGCUGAGGCAGGAGUUCGACCACCCCAAGCGGAACCGGCCCUGGCGGGAAGGGCUGGUCAAGUCCAGCUUCAACUACCUCCUCCUCGACCCCAGGAUCACCCAGAACCUGCCGCUCCGCUCGCACUGCCUGAGCCCGGCUGAGUGCUUCAGGACCUUCAUCCAGGCCAUCUUCUAUGUGGGCAAGGGAACACGCACGCGGCCCUACUGCCACCUCACCGAGGCGCUGGGCCAGCACCAUGCUGGCACGCAGAAGGGCUGUCCCAAGGUGCGGCGCAUCCUGGAGAUCUGGGCGAGCGGACACGGGGUGCUCUCUGUGCACUGCUUCCAGAGCACGGUCCCAGCGGAGGCGUACACACGGGAAGGCUGCUUGGUGGAGGCUCUGGGUGGGGCUGCAGACCAUCACCAACCAGAGGAAGGGGCUGUGCUAUGGCGCGGUGGCACACUGGCCGGUGGCGCGGCGCCGGCGCCUUGGCGUUCACAUGCUGCACAGGGCCAUGAGCAUCUUCCUCGCUGAGGGCGAGCGGCAGCUCCGGCCAGUGGACAUCCAGGGUGGGCGCUGAACACCCUGGGGUGCUGUGCUGGGGGGGGGGGGGGUAACCUGUGCCUGCACCUCCCCUCUUGCCCUGUCUCAGGAGGUGGCUGUGCUCUGUGUACAGGUUUGAUGUUGUGAACGCUGAGGAGAGUUUCUCUCUUUG